AUGGCGCCUGUGUCCCCCACCGUCGCCCGCAAGUCAAGCAAGGCUCGAGCUAUCGGCGAUGACCGUGCUCGUGUCACGAAGCAGAAGUCUGUGAAGCAAGCUCGCAAACCGAAGAACGGCUUGCUCGAUGCUUCAAUCCCUCACAAUGCGACGCAUCUUAUGGAACUUGCGCAGCGUAACUCUACGCAGUCACCUCUCCUGCGUCUCGCUCCUGAGAUUCGCAACACGAUCUGGGAGUACGCAAUCGGCGGAUCCCGGAUCCGAGUCUUCAGUGCCACUUACUUCGAUCGUCCCAGUAAGCUUUCGUACUGGCCGUUUGAUCCUUCCGGAGAACCCAUCAUGAAAUCCGCUUUCCAAUUGCACAAAGUGUGCCGGCAGGUCUACGCGGAGACGGCACCGCUCCUAUACACUCUUAAUAUGUUCAGCUUCUACCAUGUGAGUGACAUGGACCGUUGGAUCAAGCUUCGCCCGAUUGGUCAGCUUCAGCUGAUGACCUCCAUCGAGGUCCCAUUCCAAUACUUUUCUUUGUACGAUAGGGGCCUUCGGACGAAGUUUCGCAAGAAGUUUCCAAACAUCAAGCGCAUUAGUAUUCAAGGGACCUAUACUACUAUCGAAAGUCGCAGGGAGGAAAGCAAGAAACGAGUCGUCAAUAUGGUCAAGCAGCGCGAGGGCGAGGACGUCGAGGUGCAUGUGGUGUGGCGGUAA